GGCCGGGCCGCUCCCUGCCCGCAGCGGGAACCCCCGGCACGGAGCCGGGAGCGCCGCCGCCCCCCGCCCGGGCGGGUGCGGGAGGUGGGCCGGAGGAGGCAGGCUGCGAGAGGCGAGGGGCCGUGCGCCCGGCCGGCCUGCCCCUCGGCUCCGCUUCCUGCCUGGUAACGGGUGCUGGGGAGUUGAAAGCCCCGCAGUGGGUAGCAACGGGGCCGGCCUUUGUUAAUGUUUAUUCUGAAGGCUGCUAUUGAAUUUGCAUGGAUUUGAAAGUGGAAGGAGUUGCUGCAUCCCCUCGAAGGCAGACUGAGCUGUCAUCGAGGGGGAAAAAACGUAGUCAAGGGUGGAGACCAGAUACACGGGCUUCUCGUGGUCCUCGCCCACCAGAGGUGCCAUGCCUAGAUCUAAGGAGGCUGGGAGAUUCUGAUGAAGAGGAUGGGAACUCUUACAUACCAUACAGUAGGGGUUAUCCUCAUACUUGCCCUCUAGAUUCAUCUUCAGGUUGGAGAACAUCAUUACAAAUGCCGCCUGCACAGCAUCUUCCAUCUCAACAGAUUUCUAGAAGGCCUUGUCAGAAGAAAACAGAGCAUUCUGUUUUAGAGCAGAAGAUAAUACCGGAAGAUCUGCCAUCCCCAACAGACAAAUAUAAAUUGAAGUAUCGUCAGUAUGAAGCAGAUGUGAAGGAAGAAUAUAAGCAGUAUUCUGAGAGAAUUGCAGAAAAGAAAAAAGGCCACCAACAGUGUCCAGAAACUUCAAUAAAGGGUACACAGCUUGAAGUUGGGCACAAGGAUGAUCUUACAGCUCUUGAUGAGAAAGCUCUCCUGCAACAGUGCUACACAAGCAAGCCCUACAAUAUGCAGCACAGUGUGAGGAAAUCAGAAGCUGAGGAUGUUGCUGCAGAGCGGAGAAAACAAGCUGUGGUAGAACAAGUGAUGGUGGAUCAGUUAUCCAGAGCUGUUAUAAGUGACCCAGAACAAUCCACACGUGCUGAUGUUUCCAAGGAAGCUCAUGGACUUCUGGGACUUGGGAACACACCCGUGCGUUUUAGAAAAAGAACACUGCAUGAAACAAAAAUAAGGACCAAAUCAGGAUUGACUGAAAGCGUUCUCUCUAACAAGCUACGCUUUGAUAGUAGGAUUAUAUCAAGAAAUGGUCGCGAUGCUUGUAGAGAGUUGAUUGGAUUCUUUUUUGCAUAUGACCUAUCCCUUACUGUGUAUGAAUUCCGACAGUUUGGAAAAAAUAGAACAAAUGCCUUGCCUUUCAUUCAGAGGGGAAUUUAUCAACAUCAGCGAGGACAAAAGAAGGGAAAAGCUUAUGAUCUUAGUGACUUCUAUAUUGGAGCUAACCUAACUUUCCGAAGUGUUGAUCAUAAUCUUCCAGAAAGUGUCAAGCAGAACCCAGUCCUCACCCUUCGUGUGAUAAGUAUUGAUGAAACAGCUAUGGAUUUUCUCAAAGCUCCCUCUGAGGAAUUCAAGCAAGAAUGUUCCGAGCAAGUGACCAAUGACAGCAGAGUUUUCAAGAAGAUUCAAGGUAUGCUCAGAGGGACACUAAGUAAAAGAGGAGUUCGAGUUAUAACAGGCCUAGGAAAGUAUUUCCGACAUAUAGACAAGAACAGAAAUGGUUUUCUCUCUCAGGCAGACUUUAAAGAAGCUCUGAAAGUAUUCCAUCUGGAAGUGCCUGAAGGGGACUUUGAAUCCUUGUGGCUUAUUCUUGAUGAUAGCAAGAGUGAUAAAGUUGACUAUGGAGAAUUUAUUCAUGCCGUAGUUGGAGAAAUGAAUGAAUAUCGGAAAGCAUUUGUAAGAAAAGCUUACAUGAAACUAGACUUCAACAAAACUGGAAGCGUUCCUAUGGUAGACAUCAGAAAAUGUUACUGUGCAAAGAAACAUCCUCUAGUAUUGGCAGGCAAAGCUACAGAAGAAGAAAUUACAGCAUCAUUUUUAGAAACAUUAGGAGAGUCCUGCAGCAAUCCCAAUGAAGUGUCCUAUUCUGAGUUUGAAGAUUACUAUGAAGGAUUAAGUAUUGGAAUCAUGGAUGAUGAUGAUUUUGUUAACAUCUUAAGGAACCCUUGGGGAAUUUAGAGUGGAAGAAAACAAAUGAAAAAGAAAGACCUUCUGAACAAGGAGUGAACUAAACAAGGAAGAGUUUAGUCGUGACAUGCGUUACUUCAUAAUUAGUGUCUUAAAUUGAUUUCAAGGACUGAAAAUUGUAGAUGCUUUCAGAAUAAUACAAAAUAAGUUUCUUACAGAGUCUGUUGAGCAAUGCUAACCACUUUUUCAGUAUAAAUGUUGUUCAUGCAUUUUCAUUGGCUGUUCACCAUACCAGAAGGCAGCAUUUACUUGAUAUUAGAAUAAAGUGUCAUUUUCGAAUUCCCUCUUAUUUUAAAAUACUAAAAUGUGUGAGAGUAUGUGCAAGAGAAAUUUUAGUUUUAUGAUUGUGGAAAGCUUUAGAUAUGAUGAUGUAAAUAUCUGUGGUAGCUUUUCUUCAGUUUUCUUUUUAUAAAAAUGCCAUAUUUUUUCUUAUAACAUUCUUUUCUUUGUUUCUCAUUAUUUAUGCUGGUGGUCAGCCUGAGAGAGAGCAGGCCAUCCCCAUUCAAUUUGGAGGAAGACCAUAGUACUGAAAAUGCAGAGAAUUUCACACCAAUUAGCCUUUAAACUAGUAUCCAGACCAUCUCUGCUGCUUUUUUUUUUUAUGUCUUGUUCAGGGAUCUUCAGAGAUGAAUCCCAAAGGCUUUAAUAAGCACAAAUAUAUUUUUCAGUGUCCUUCUUUUUCUCUAUUUUGCUAAAUUGUUUUCAAAACAAAUUUCUGUUUAAGUAUCUGGCUUCUCUACUUUCUAUUGCUGUGAUUUUUUUAAACUAAUCAAUGAUAUCCUUUGUCAAAUUGAUAUACAUCAUUUUAUGUCUAUUCUGAAAGUAUAAAACAGAAAAGUAUAUAUUAAAAAAACACCUUGUUUCAACAAAAAUUAAGCUUUGAAUUAAAAUAUUCCUUGCUACUUCAACUACUCAGCCAGGUAUGCUUUUCAAUGUAAUACAUCCCGUUAAUUCUGUAAGGUUAAUUGUGUUAGGAAAUAAAAAAUGUAUUAUUAAUUAGUUUUAUAUAUAUAUGUAUGUAUGUAUGUAGAUAGCACUUGGUUUCAAUAUACCUUUCAAAAUUAACUGUAUGUUGAACUGCAUGUUUUAAGCCCGUGCAAUUAAAGUAUAUUAGCUUUCUCCAUGCA